AUUUAUGUAUCGAAGGUUUACCACUGUUUUGACUCGUGAGGCAGUGUUUGUGUACAAGUGGUGAGUGAAGUGCGGAUCAGUUGAUGAUAAGCGAUGACCCAAUCAGCGACUCAAUCGGUGGCUCAAGUGAAACAUGAGUUGGAUAUCAACUCACUGUCGCAGUCAUUACACACAUCACUACUCGUCACACAUCCACAGCCAAUGCCAGCCCUCGACACUGACUUUGACUUGAAGUACAGUUUACCGCUGACGAAAAUGCAGGCGAAUCCCAUCGUCCAAGAGUUGGACACAAUCCGCCAUUUGGUACACAAAGUGCUGGUCGAGACCAACGACGCCAGUGUCACUAAUGGGUUCGGUAUACCGCCGAUGGGUCGCAAUGGGGGCGCCGGUGGUGUCGGUGCCGGCGCUGAUGACAACUCCUACCUGUUGGGCGCCUUUUCCAUACCGCAGGAGGCCUUCAAUCCGAAUCACUUCCAGCAGAUGCUGCAGUCGGUCAUCACAAACAUGGGUGACAUCGGCCGCAACGCGACAGUCAUGUCGCGCACCUCCGAAGACGGCUCUUCAGUCGACGUACAGAUAAAUUUGGCUCAAAUGCCGGCGCAGAACGAGUGCCGACAGCGGGUAUCGCAGGCCAUGAGAUUCGUCGGGUAUAUCAACGCCUUGAUUGACGUCAUCGAGAGGCCCGACGCCAUACCGGCCGGCGUGGGAGUGGCCGUCAGCACCGGUAGUGCCGACGGGAACGCCAAUAAUCUCAUCAAUGGUUUCAGUUUAGACGCCAAUAGUAUGGGUUCACUGGAGGCACAGUUGGCCGCACAGGCGGCCGCCCAGUCCUUCGCCGCCGUCUCCAACGGGUUCGGUAUACCUCUGGUCACCGGCUCUCAGAUCAUAAUACAGGGCCCGACAGUCACUCAGAGUCACGGCUCUGGUAUUCAUAUACAGACGCCGAUAGUGCCGAACCCGUCGCCCAAUAACGCCAGUCCUACCAAUACGACGACCACUACGACUACCGGUGCCAACAGUACUAACCCUAACCGACCCACUGAUGGUCAACAGCAACAGACUGUGACUCCCGUUGUGGCCGCGGAUGUGAACCAACUGUUGACGACUGUCUUCCAAACCCAAGAGAGGCUCAGACCUCACGUCCAAAGACUGCAACAAUUGAUGACAACUGAGGGACAGUUGACUGAACAACAGAUAAGCGAAGCACAGAGUCUGCAGCGGAACUGUAUGCGAGCCAACCAUCACUUGGCGCACGUGUUUCAUCUGAUCAGUGACUUAGCCAUCCAAUGGAAUACUCCGAACCGAACCGUAGGACUCAUCCACUCGAUGGUCGGCCAACCAUUCGUCGGCCAAUCGGUUCCCGUUUCGUUCGCCACCCGACAGACCGGCCAAAGGAAUGGCACGCAAUCGACGGACAACAUGUCGACGACGACUACACCGUCCACUCAAUCGCCGACAGACACGACACCAUCGGCACCGACAGCCGCCCCUCAACCACAACCCCAGUCCACACCAACGGCUUACCCGCGAUUCGGUGCCAACGUUUCGGUCGACCCCCAGACGGGCGCCGCUGUGUUCUCGCAGACGACACCGAUUGUGGUGAUGGAGUUGGGGUCGACUGUCCAUCAGAUACCUGUUCCCAACCCUAACCACUAA